CAGCAGACAGUUUCAACUCUCAGCAACUGAUGCAGAGACAGCUGCUGUUUCUCCCUUCCCCUCCUUUUGCUCCCCUAACUAUUCUCUUUCGUUUCACCCCUACACUGCCUCCAUUCAUCCCCUCUCUACUUUCCCCUUCCUUCCCUCUACUCUGUCAUUCUGCCCUGCACUUUUCCUCGGGCGGAUAUAAAGGCAGGUCCUGUUGGAGGGAGAGGGCUUGUGUAAUCUCUGGCUGCACAUGAGCACCAGAGAGUCAUUGCUUCAGCUGGAAAGUCAACGCAAUAGAGGACCUACAAACGCCUAGAGGACAAACUUUUGGAAUAAGGAGAGGAAGAAGGAAUACCUCUCAGACAGGAAGGGAGGAGAAGGAGGGAGACGCAGAAAGAGAUUGGAGUUGGGGUGCAGGAGCUCUACACAGACCAUGCCGGGCUCUCUGGUGCUGCUGCUCUCCCUGUUGGUGCUGUCCACAGGAAGUGAUGCCAGAAGGAUCAGGAAAAGAGGACUCAACCAUAAGGACUAUGAGUAUCUCAACCACCCCCAGUCCACACAGCACCAGAAGAAUGACCGGUGUCCACCGCCACCCCAGAUGCUGCCAGAGAGAGCAUGCGAGGUGCCGGGCUGCCGCUCAGACUCAGAGUGUGAGCGUCAUAAACGCUGCUGUUACAACGGCUGCAUCUAUGCCUGCCUGGAGUCUGUUCAGCCACCACCAGUGCUGGACUGGCUGGUGCAGCCCAAGCCCCGGUGGUUGGGGGGUAACGGCUGGCUGUUAGACGGCCCUGAAGAGGUUCUGCAGGCUGAGGCCUGCAGUACAACUGAGGACGGAGACGAGCCACUCCACUGUCCUACAGGCUACGAGUGCCACAUCAUCAACCCCGGAAAUCCUGCCGCUGGCAUCCCUAACCGGGGACAGUGUAUCAAGCAGCGUGGCAACUCUGAUGGACGUGGGCUGAGGCACAAAUACUUUAAGGACUACAAGGACUACUUAGGUACCAGCACGAACAAUGCCGUAGGCUAUGAAAAACAUCAUCACAAGCACCUGGGAUGAAAUGAACCUGACCUCAGCCUCAGCUACGACCAUAACACAACCUCAGACAUCAGCCCAGUCCUGUUCGAUCUGCGCUCAUCACACCUGAACCAGAGUCAGAUCUGACCUUUUUACUAGACCUACAGCUUCUACCUCCUCUUUGCAAAGCUCCUGUCUUCUUCUGGCCUCUCCUCAGUCGCAAAGUCCUUUUGGGAGACAAGUCUACAGUACACAGCCAAAGAAAAAAGUGUUGUUUUUUUUGUCUCUUUGUCUGAUAUCUGUGAAAGGAUGGAGCAGUGGGGGUUUAUAGUGAAGCAGAGGAAGAGAGAGCAGGGCGCACACCAAAGCUUUUUUUUUUAUCAGAUGUGUCUUUACAACCCUCUCCCUCCCCGCCAGUCUUUCUUAUUCUCACACACAAAUCACAAAAGGCUGGUCAGCAGAGAAAACCAAAACCAUGUGGCCUUGUAUCCUUCUCUCUCUUGUUCUCAGAAAGACACAGCUCACAUUUCCUGUUCUGAAAUCUGGAAAGUUUUAUAGACAAAUAGGAAAAAGUGCAGCUGUGGUGGUUGCAUCUUUGAAUCAAAUCCAAAUGUGAGUUAAUAUUCUGACUAAUAACUCUAAUUAUAAUAAUAAAUGCCAUAUGAGUGUGUGGAUUGUGUCAGUUUUGGAAAAUUUGGAACAGAUGCGGGUUAGUUUCAGCCAAGAGAUGCUGAUAUAUAACAUCACUGCUAUAAGAAGUAAGUAAAAUAAGAUAACAUAGUUGAUUUGGUGAGAAAUAGGAAUAGUCCACCUGUGAAGGAGGAAACUUUUAACAACUUUCAACACCUUUAAAUAAGCCUACAAAGGGACGAGUGUUUGAUACUGAAAAGAUAAAGAUAGAUUUCGGGAGGAGUCUCAAUUUAAACAUAAAGUCUGUAUCAGCAGAUGAUAUAUUUGGUUUCAUUAAAAACUGACUGAAAUAAACCUACUGCGAUGAUGAUUUUUAAUGAAAGAAGUCAUAUAACAAAUAUCUACCCAUGCAGUAUGAUUAUUCAAGUGUUUCAAAAUUUUAAAUUUGCUUUUCAAAUUGGAUUUUGAAGGUGUGUAUAAAUUGUAUGUGAUAAAUUUGGCUUAUCUGAUGAAAAUAUAAUCCAGUUUGUCAAUUAAACUAUCACACUGUCAUCACACAACGCGGUACAGACAUGAUAAUAGAAAGGGCUUUUGGACAGAGCAGAUGUUUAAAACUGGUCUGAAGAUCUUCUGUGUUAUUCUGAAACUUAACUUGCUUCAGUCGACUAUCCAACUUUGGUGAACUGGCCAAAAUACUUGCAUGUGUCAGCGUCUCUCAUAUCAAUUCAAAUGGUGCUCAGUUUCAUUGCUGCCUAUAAUAACAGAAGAAUAAGCUGGUCUGCAAUACAAAGACACACAAUAAGCUGAAGGUGUGAAUCAAAAAGUUGUAACCAUUAUCUGUGUGCAGAACUAAAGUGAUGUCUGAAUGUUGCUCUGACUGGUGCUGUAAU